AUGUCACACGUCGAGAACGCGGAGCCUAAAAACGGCAGCGAAUGUACGAACGAUAUAGUGGCAAAUGAAAUAAGAUUGAGAAAUUCCAGCGAAGAAAUUCAAAUAACGCUCCAAACGAGCCGAAUUUUGGAUAAUGCAAAAUCUAAAUCUAGUCCAGAAACAAGUGGGAGUGAUAAAACAUGUCCCGAUAAGCAAUCGCGAGAUGAUAAGGAAGAUGCAUACAUCACCUCUGGUGAUAUUUGCAGAAUUUGUCACAUGGGCGGAUAUGCCCCAAUUGCAGACAAUCACUCGUCGUGUGAAGAUCGACUCGAUCAGACACAGACACCGUUAAACUUCGUUUAUCUCGGUCCUUUGAUUUCAGCCUGCAAGUGCCGAGGUACGGUGGCUCUCGUACACACCGAGUGCCUCGAGAGAUGGUUGACCGAGUCCGGUCGCAUGAGAUGCGAGCUUUGCGGCUACAAGUACGCGACCAAAAGAGUACGGCGUUACAGCCUCUUCCGAAGCGUUAUAAUAUGGUUCCACGCCGUAAUAGCCACUCGACAGAUGUUACUCGACAUCGGGUACCUGAUGAUGACCACGCCUGUGGCUGCGUUCUCCUGUUAUGUAUGCGCCUUGGCCUUGAAAAUGCUGCUGCAAAACAGCUUUUACGAGAUACCGUGGAUGAUAGUCGCUAUGCUGCCAACCUGCUUAUUGACGCUGAUAGCUUAUUGGCGAUGGAUAAUUACGUUAGGGAGAUUGCACGGUCAUCGAUGGAGACGUUACUGGAGAAACAACUUUGCCAUUCGUUUGAUACCCAAUCACGAAGACAACAACGACCUACAACAGUCGAGUGAUCAUUUCGAUGCGCAAGAGGACUUCGAGCAAUGGAGGAUCUUCGAGGAGAUAGAAGAAUUCGCGCAAUAG